CCGCUCACUCUUCCUGUUCUCAGCUUCCGUCCUCUCAGCUUCCUUACAGCACCGCCACCUGCCAGAGCUGAGCCUCCCUAGGCCCUGGCUGGCCUGAAGUCAGGCCGUGAUCCCUCUGUUGGCAGAAGUCUCUUAACCCCCAUGAGAGGAAGGCUGCAUCCAGGUCCCUUGAGAGCUGAGGGCUGAGGGCACUGAGCUAAUUCGUAGACCUGUCACCUCUGCCCUCGAAGACACUUGUGCCCUCCAUGCGGAGCCAAGAUGGGGAACAGAGCCGAGGAAGAUUAUAACUUUGUCUUCAAGGUGGUGCUGAUCGGCGAGUCAGGCGUGGGAAAAACCAACCUGCUAUCCCGAUUCACUCGCAAUGAGUUCAGCCACGACAGCCGCACAACCAUCGGGGUUGAGUUCUCCACCCGCACUGUCAUGCUGGGCACCACGGCCGUCAAGGCUCAGAUCUGGGACACGGCUGGCCUGGAGCGUUACCGAGCCAUCACCUCGGCGUACUAUCGUGGUGCGGUGGGGGCCCUGCUGGUGUUUGACCUAACCAAGCACCAGACCUAUGCCGUGGUGGAGCGCUGGCUGAAGGAGCUCUACGACCACGCGGAGGCCACAAUUGUCGUCAUGCUUGUUGGUAACAAGAGCGACCUCAGCCAGGCCCGGGAGGUGCCCACGGACGAGGCCCGCAUGUUCGCUGAAAACAAUGGGCUGCUAUUCUUGGAGACCUCGGCCCUGGAUUCCACCAAUGUCGAGCUGGCCUUUGAGACGGUCCUCAAAGAGAUCUUCGCCAAGGUGUCCAAGCAGAGGCAGAACAGCACGCGGACCAACGCCCUCACCCUAGGCAGUGGCCAGGCUGGGCAGGAGCUGGGCCCUGGUGAGAAGAGGGCCUGUUGCCUCCGCCUCUGACCCGCCCCCGCUAGCAUUCUGGUGCCCCCCAGUCCCACCCCAGCUCCAGGAGCUCUCCCUGCCCCGUGGUCCCAGAUGUGAGUGGCUGGUUCCUGUUCACAGCCCCGCAGAACUCUACGGUCUUCAGGCAUCACCACCCCGCCCCCCCACCCUGCCACACAUAUCUCUGUUAUCGGUCACCCCCUCACAGACUAGGGCCCCCCAAUAAAGCUGUGUUUUGUAUCAAG